UUUAAAUUCUGCGCUUCGUAUGCCAUUUAUUUUACCGACGGUGCACCAUCUAUAUUGUUAUAGAUUUAUAAAUCCAUUACUAUUUUAUUGUGAAACGUGUGACGAUAAAAAUAUAUUUUAUUGCAAAUAUCAUUGUACAAUGUCACAACUAAAAAUUUACUGAUCAAUUUUUGUACAUAUAUGUAUGUACAUAUACGCAUACAUAUUCUAUACCGAAGGAGUUGUACAUGGAUCAUUUAAAUACAUAACCUCGAACAUUGUAAUGCAUUCUUUUUUGAAUCUAUAAGGAAGCAUGGUUUAGUAAGUUCAAUUUAUAUAUUCAGCAUGGAAGUACUCAAGGAAUGUUCAGCGUACUUAAGCAACUAUGAAGUUCUAGAUAUGUUGCAAAAUAUAAAAGCAAAUAAGAAACAGAAGAUGAAACAAAAUCAAUUGGCAACUAUAACUUACCAAACUAUACGAUAUUUGGAAGAAACCUCUUGUAAGAGACAAUCUCCGAAAAAGAUUCAAGAUUUUCUUAAAGCUGUGGAAUCUUUCAAAUUGACUAAAUGCGAAAAGUUAACUCUUUUAAACGUGUGUCCGAAAACACCUCUUGAAAUUCAACUGAUUGUGGAAGACAGCGAAGAUCGUUUGUCCGACGAUGAAGUUGAAGCUUUGCUUCAAGUGGUAGCAAAUUAUCUAGGCGAAGGAGAGCAAGUCGAGAAAGAUGGAUAACACGUUUUAACUAUUUUGUUUUUAUAAGUUUUUUAAAAAUAUUUUAUAUAUGUUAUGUACAUUUUAUUCAUAAUAAACAUGGAAA